CAAUUCUUUUCAAAUAUAGUCUUUAUGAGGUAACGAAUAAUCUAUUAUUGUGUACAAUAUCCCAGACAUUUAAUAACGCAUCUUAAAGAAGAGAAGAGUACAUUUAAUCGGUUGUCAUUCUACGAUUGAUCGGAUUUGACGUGGGUCGUCUCGAAAUUGGUGACUGCUAUUAUACUCGUGACCUUGAAUGGUAAAAAAUUGUUUGUACAAAUAUUAUUAGUGUCAUAAAUGCGUUCCUAAGUCCAGAUUACUAUUGAUAAAGACAAGAGAGAAGAAAUAUUCUUCGCAACGUACAAAUGAUGCUUCCGAAUGAGGUUAUCGCGUAGAUGAGAUUUCUCUUGACUGAUACAUCCUGUGUACAACGCUAAGAUAUACAACAGGAAGAAUGUAUUGCCUACAGUGGUUGCUUCCAGUGUUAUUAAUACCCAAACCCGUAAAUCCUGCAUUGCUACAAACGCACGUUAUGUUUAUGGCACUUUAUCUAAUUGGAUUCUUCUUGGAGCGUAAACCUUGUAACACAUGCGGUUUGGUCUUCUUAGUUGCAAUAUUUCUGAUAUGUUACAGCGGUAUCGGUAACUGCUUCCUAUGGAGCAAAAAUUGUGACACUGUAAGAUGUAUUAAUGGUUAAAAAUGAUUUCAUUGCUCUUCCUAGAUAUUUCAAUUCUACUUAUUUUUGCAUCUGUCUUCUUCAAAAAUGAGUUUAAGAAGAAAUAUUCUUGAAUAAUCCAUUUUUGAGUGAUAUAACAAAACAAAAAUCAAUAAGUAUUUAUAUAGAAUAUAAUGAUGACAACAAAUAUAUGUUAUCAGCUUUUAAGGCUUUAUUACUAA